AUGUCACCCAUCCGAGAAAAAUCAAUUAAACUGACCGGUUUUCUGGAGACCCUACUGACACAGGGCGAGUUCGCGUUGCCUGCAAAUAUCCUCAAAAUUAUUACACCCCUCGAUAAGACCCAACGCGGGGCACAGCUCUCUCUCGAAUUUUCUGUGGACGUUGACAAACUGUAUAGUCAGCUCACUAAGCACGGAGUCAUCUGUGAUGUUCGCCGUCCGAACUGCAUCCGAAUGGCCCCGGCUCCGCUCUACACCUCCUUUGAGGACGUUCUGAAGGCGGCUAAGGCGAUUCAUACGGCGGUGCUUAACUUGUUGAAGCAGGACUAA